AUGCACAAUCGCAGGGUGGCUCCUGGAAGGCCAUUGACGACUGAUGCAUAUGCUUAUUUCGAAGAUUACGGGUUCCUUGCACUAUUUGUGGAGCAAGAUUGGAUGAAAGUGAUGUCUCUCAAUGUACCAUACUACCCAAAAAUGAUACAGUACUUCUACAACAACAUCGUCUACCAACAUUCUACAAAUGGACUGAUUCAUGCUUUUAAAAGCUAUGUGAAUGGGGUGGAGAUAUGUACCAUCAAGAAUGUGUUGGCAGAAGUAUUGGAGACUCCAAAUAUGGGGAAGAGAAACAAUUCUUACAAUGCUUGGAAUGAAACUCAAUUCUCGAGAACCAAGCAAAUACAAACUGUAUGUGGUCUUGCUGAAGAGGAAUAUGUUGAGGAUCGUAGUAGGCCAACUAUUUGCCAGCUGACAGUUCAAGUCACAGUUCUUAACCAUAUGGUCUCCUACAACAUUCUUCCAAAGGGUGGACAUCGGGAGGCUGUCACCUACUUUGACAUGGAGCUCCUCAUCAACCUUUUCAAAUGA